AUGGGUCUCCUGACACAACUCGGUCUGCUCCUGUGGAAGAACUUCACUCUUCGGAAGAGACAAAAGGUGCGUCUGGUGGUGGAGUUGUUGUGGCCUCUCUUUCUGUUCUUCAUCCUGGUCUGGGUGAGAUCAACCACCCAACCCAUUUACCAGGGCGAAUGUCAUUAUCCAAAUAAAGCCAUGCCUUCCGCCGGGGUGCUGCCUUGGCUUCAAGGCAUGAUAUGUAACAUAGACAACCCAUGUGUAAACCAUUCCACGCCAGGAGAAGCACCGGGACAAGUCAACAACUUCAACAAUUCCAGAAUUGCUGGGAUGUUGAUCGAGUUACAGUCACUUCUGGCGAACAGAUCCAUCAUAACCAAGAUCCAGACGCUUUCCGAUGAUGUGGACCAGUGGGUUUUGAUUCUACAGACAUCAAACCAUGAAAAAGGUCAGCCCAUUCCUCUGAGAAGUAUCCUGAAUGACAAUGAAAUGUUCACCACAUAUCUGAGGGAAAACUUGUCCAUGCCAUCGACGGUAGCCGACAGUCUGAUUACCUCAAAUAUUCGCCUGAAUGAGAUGAUGGGCAUUUCAAGGCAAGACGAUCUGAGGAUCACCCUUUGCAAUGGAACAACUCUUGAUAGAUACGUGGAAUUCACCAGCGCCUUUGACAAGGAGGCCUUUCAGAAAGUCAGCUGCUCCCUCACAGCACAGCAGUUGAGACAAACCAGAGAAGUUUUCCUACAAAACCUGGAUACAAGGAAGAUGCUCACCAAUAUAAAGAAGUUGCAGAACUCAAUGUUGUUAAAGGCCGCUGAUAUGCUGGAUUUCAGAGCAGACGCAUUUGGCAGUCUGAACAUCCUACUUUGUGGUAAAUUACCAAACUCCAGCUCCACAAAGACCACCAUGAAUUUCCCUGCUUUUGGAGUGAUGAGGAAUGACACAGAAAACAACGCCAAUUCCAGUGCCUUCUGCAAAGUACUGAUUGACACUCUUGAGGGAACUCCUGGCCUACGUAUUGUUUGGAGGACAUUUCGGCCCCUAAUCCAAGGGAAGAUCCUCUACACCCCUGACACACCUGCAACUAGACUAAUGGUGAAAGAGGCAAAUAGUACUUUCAACGCAUUGGCCAUGUUGAAAGAGUUGUUGGAAGCUUGGGAGGAUUUUGAACCACGUGGUUGGAACUACUUUCAAAAUGGCCCCCAAGUCAGUGCACUGCGGGCCUUUCUGGAUAACCCGGUGUUUGCAGCCGCACUCAACCACGGGCUCAAAGGCACAAGAUGGACCGAAGAACUGCUCGCCAACUUCCUGUACAACAGCCCCCCCGAGGACCGCCCCGCGGGCAUGCCGCCGAAUGACUGGCGCGACGUGUUCAACGCCACCAGCCAAAUCCUGGACCUCCUGAAGAAGUUCAUUGGGUGCCUGGACCUGGAUAAGUUUGAGGCUGUUGACAGUGAGGGACAUCUCUUGGCUAGAGCCUUGGAGCUUCUAGAAAACGAUACGUACUGGGCUGGUAUAGUUUUCGAAGACCUCGACCCUGCCGCCAGCCACCCCCCUCCUUACGUCAAGUACAAGAUCCGCUUGGACAUCGAUGAGGGGGAGAGUACCAAUAAGAUUAAAGAAAGGGGAUGGUCUCCCGGGGCCCGUGACUCCUUCAACAACCUGCGCUAUAUAUGGGGAGGCUUCGCCUAUCUGCAGGACAUGAUGGACCACGGCAUUAUACGGGUGCACACGAACAAAUCACAGCCGCUCGGCGUGUUUGCCCAGCAAAUGCCGUAUCCCUGCUACGUGGACGACGUCUUCCUCGCGAGUAUCGGAACCAUGCUUCCCAUGUACCUGGUGCUGGCCUUCAUGUACACCGUCUGCAUGACCAUCAAGGGCCUCGUCCUGGAGAAGGAGCUUAGGCUCAAGGAGGUUCAGCGGGCCGUUGGAGUUCAGAACGGUGCCAUUUGGUUCGCGUGGUUCACCGAGAACUUUGUCCUGCUCAUGGUCCCAUGCGCAUUCAUAAGUGUCAUGGUUAAGUAUGGGAAGGUGCUGCAGUACAGCGACCCCUCAGUGAUCUUCGUCUUCCUGCUGGUCUUCUGCGUGGCCACCAUCAUGGAGUGUUUCUUCAUCAGCGUCUUCUUCUCCAAGGCCAACCUGGCGGCGGCGUGCGGAGGCCUCAUCUACUUCGUCCUCUACCUGCCGCACCUCCUCUGCUACGCCUGGAGGGACGUCAUGGGGUUCCAGGUCAAAAUCGCUGUGAGUUUGCUGUCGUGCGUGGCCUUCGGGUAUGGCUGUGAGAACUUUGCCAAGUACGAGGAGCAGGGCAUCGGUAUUCAGUGGAGUAACAUCGCCCAAAAUCCUGAAGACGGAGACCGGUAUAGCUUCAUCGUGUCCAUCAUCAUGAUGCUAGUCGACGCCCUCAUCUACUGGCUGCUCACGUGGUACAUGGAGAACGUCUUCCCAGGCCAAUAUGGAAUAGCAAAGCCGUGGUACUUCCCAUUCACCGCCUCCUAUUGGUGUGGGACUUCACCGGCGCCCAAUGCUGACCCCAGUCAGUUCAAGGACCCCAUUGAAUACACCGGUAUAGUAGGCAAUUAUUUGGAAAAGCCACCACUCAAUAUGAAGGCAGGGGUCUCAAUCAGGAACCUUGUAAAGAUCUAUAAAACUGGGAAAAAGCUUGCAGUGGAUGGACUAACUGUGGACUUCUUCGAGAAUCACAUCACCUCUUUCCUUGGUCACAAUGGGGCAGGAAAAACAACCACCAUGUCGAUCCUGACAGGACUCUUCGCUCCGACGUCGGGGACCGCUCUAAUAAACGGCUAUGAUAUCCGCACAGACAUGGACACCAUUAGAAAGCAUCUGGGAAUGUGCCCUCAGCACAAUGUCUUAUUCAAUGACCUUACAGUGGAGGAACACAUCUACUUCUACUCCAGAUUAAAGGGACGAAGCCGAGAUGAAGUGAAAACAGAGAUUGACCAAAUGAUCAAGGAUGUCGGGCUGCCACACAAACGCAAGGAAUUUGCCAAGAACCUGUCAGGGGGAAUGCAGAGGAAAUUGUCGGUGGCAAUCGCAUUCGUGGGAGGGUCCAACAUCGUCAUCCUGGAUGAACCCACAGCGGGGGUGGACCCAUACGCCCGGAGGGGGAUAUGGGAACUACUGUUGAAGUACAAACAAGGUCGCACAAUCAUCCUCUCCACUCAUCACAUGGAUGAGGCGGACAUCUUGGGAGACCGCAUUGCCAUUAUCUCUCACGGCAAGAUGUGUUGCUAUGGCUCCUCCCUGUUCUUGAAGAAAUACUUUGGCAGUGGCUACUACCUCACUCUGGUCAAGGCCGGAGACGGGCAAAUGACUGGAGUCGAGCAGCGCCAGGUGAAAGAGGAGACUGGUGAGUCAUUGAGGAGAACCAGUCUGGUUGAAGGGAUCGCAAGACAGAACUGGAGUAACUCUGAACCCACAGAUGUCAGUAAGGUGGUGUGUCGGCAUGUUCCCGAGGCGGUGUUCCUCGAGAGCAUCGGCCAGGAGAUCACCUACAUCCUUCCCUACGGCGGGGCCAAGGAUGGCACCUUUGCCCUCCUCUUCGAAGAGCUGGACCUCAAAAUGGCCGACAUUGGUGUCACCAACUACGGCAUCUCAGAUACCACACUAGAGGAGAUUUUCCUCAAAGUGGCAGAGGACACAGGUGUUGAUGCGGAAAUACCAGCUGAAGACAAGAGGAAAGUGACGUUCACUAGCAGAGUGGAGGAUGUGGAGAGAGUGGCCAAUGUGAAUGGGAAGGGCUCCAGUGUGAUCACGGGAUGGGAACUGAUCCGGAGACAGUUCCUGGCCCUCUUCAUCAAACGCUUUCACCACGCACGCAGGAGCCGCAAAGGCCUCAUUGCUCAGGUGAUUCUGCCUGCUGUCUUCGUCUGCCUGUCUCUCAUCUUCUCCGUCAUCGUCCCCCCUUUUGCGGAGUACCCCAACCUGGAGUUGCAACCUUGGAUGUAUGGACUGCCCCAAACGACAUUCUACAGCAAUGAUGGACCGCCAAAUAACACGGAGGUUGCUCGGGUGGCGGACUCUUUGGUGAAUAAUCCUGGGUUUGGGACUCGCUGCAUGGCCAACAACCCGAUACCAAAUCUCCCAUGUGUCCCGAAUGAUUCUAAGUGGUUCACUCCCACAGUGGAUCCCUCUAUCAGCAACAUCUUCAUCAACGGAAACUGGAGCAUGGCCAACCCUUCCCCUAACUGCCAGUGCAGCACUCCUCAAAAGACCACCAUGUUGCCAGAUUGCCCACCUGGAGCCGGUGGGCUGCCUCCUCCUCAGCGGACCCAGAAUACCACAGACACACUGCAGGACAUGACGGGCCGGAACAUGACAGACUUCCUUUUAAAGACCUACAAGGAAGCAGGCAGAAAAAGGUAUGGAGGGAUCUCUGUCGGAGGGGUCAACUCCCAAGUCAGGAUGACUGAACCGGAAAUAGAAGCUGUGAUCAGGGAUUUGAGGAGCCUAUUAAAUUCCUCCCAGGAUAACACGACCAAUCAGAUGCUCCUGAAUACCGAGACGCUCCUGAAAGAGCUCGGGACCAGGGAUAAUGUCAAGGUGUGGUUCUACAACCAGGCGUGGCACGGUAUUGUAUCGUUCCUCAAUGUGGCCAACAACGCCAUCCUGAGAGGCAACCUGCCGCCGGGUCAUGACCCCAGGGAGUAUGGAAUCUCCGCCUCUAGCCACCCCCUCAACCUCACCAAGGCUCAGCUUUCCUACCAGGCAAUGGCCGCCACCUCCACCGAUGUGGUGGUGUCCAUCUGUGUCAUCUUUGCCAUGUCCUUCAUCCCAGCAAGCUUCGUCCUCUUCCUCAUCCAGGAGCGUGUCAGCAAGGCCAAGCACUUGCAGUUUGUCAGUGGCGUCAACCCGACCGUCUACUGGGUCGCCAACUUCGCCUGGGAUAUUUGUAACUACAUAGUCCCUUGUCUAAUAGUCAUCGUCAUCUUCCUGUGCUUCCAACAAAAAGCCUACGUGUCCCUUUCUAACCUACCAGCUUUGAUUCUGCUGCUGAUGAUGUAUGGGUGGUCUAUCACACCCAUGAUGUACCCAGCCUCGUUUAUCUUCAACGUUCCCAGCACGGCCUACGUGGUGCUGACCUGCAUCAACCUCUUCAUCGGCAUCAAUGGGAGCGUGGCCACCUUCGUCAUGGAGUUGUUCGCUGAUGAUAACAUCUCGAAAAUCAAUGGUAUUGUGAAGCAGGUGCUGCUGAUUUUUCCGCACUUCUGUCUGGGUCGAGGGCUCAUCGACAUGGGCAAGAACCAGGCUAUGGCCACCUUGUAUGAAAGCUUAGGGGAAGACCGUUACCAGGACCCCCUCAGCUGGGACAUGGUGGGGAAGAACCUGUGUGCCAUGGCCAUCCAGGGGGCAGUCAUGUUCACCAUCACUCUCCUUAUCCAGUAUAAGUUCUGCUACAAACCCAGACUGAUUUCUGGAGAGUCAUUCUCCAAGGAGGACGAAGAUGUGGACGUGGCACGGGAGCGUGCACGCAUCCAUAAAGGUGGCUCAGAGAAAGACCUGUUGAGAAUCUGCGAUCUUUCUAAGGUGUACUCGGGGAAGAAGAUUCCUGCUGUGGACAGGGUGUGUGUGGGCGUUCCAGCCGCAGAGUGCUUUGGACUUCUGGGGAUUAACGGGGCAGGAAAAACCACCACCUUCAAGAUGCUGACGGGGGACAUCUCCAUCUCCGGGGGGGAGGCCUUCCUAAACGGAUACAGCAUACGGACAGAGAUGAGGGACGUUCACCAGAACAUGGGCUACUGCCCGCAGUUUGACGCCCUCAAUGACCUUCUCACCGGACGAGAGCACCUGGAGUUCUACGCCAGACUACGAGGCGUACCGGAGGAAGAAGUCCCCAUGGUGGCAGAGUGGGGCAUCCAGAAGCUAGGCCUGGUCAAAUACUCAAACAAGUCAGCCGGUACCUACAGUGGAGGGAACAAACGCAAGCUCUCCACCGCCAUGGCUUUGAUUGGCUGUCCUCCUGUGGUCUUCCUGGAUGAGCCAACGACAGGGAUGGACCCCAAAGCCAGACGCUUCCUGUGGGACUGCAUCCUGAGUGUCAUCAAAGAGGGACGCUCAGUCAUCCUAACAUCACACAGCAUGGAGGAGUGUGAGGCCCUGUGCACGCGCAUGGCCAUCAUGGUGAAUGGACAGUUCAAGUGUCUGGGCAGCAUCCAGCAUCUUAAGAGCAGGUUCGGGGACGGCUACACUGUGAUCGUGAGGGUGGGCGGCUCGCCCCCCGCUCUGGGCCCCGUGGAGGAGUUUGUCUACGAGACCUUCCCCGGUAGCGUACUGAAGGAGAAGCACCACAACACGCUGCAGUACCAGGUCCCCCACAGCGAGGGCGCUCUGGCCAGCAUCUUCAGCCAUUUCACCACUCAUCAGCAGAGGCUGGGUGUAGAGGACUACUCUGUCUCCCAGACCACUCUGGAUCAGGUCUUUGUCAACUUUGCGAGGUACCAACAGGAGGAGGACAAUCAGGCCCUGCAAGCUUAUGACAACAAAGUGGACGUGUCCGACGAAAUGCCAAUGGAAACUCGGACCUCAACCGACUCAACUGUACCAGAGAGCGUCUGAGUCACUUCAGAUUCCAUCACUAAAUCACAAGCACUGUUUAUCUCAGGUCUAAGCUUGUAGAUAGCUUUUGUAUGUUUUACUUGUGCCAUCUGCCAUAAUGACAUUUUGCUAUGUUAUUAUUCAAAUGUUAAACGUGAACACCACAUAUAAUGGAA